AUGAUACCUCGUUCUGAUAAUGUUCGUCAUGUCACGGACGAAAGCUUAGCACCUUUACACCGGAAUCGAAUGCGAUUGCCUCAGAAACAGCGUCACAAUGAAUGCUCCAGCAAAGCCAAUCGACAGCUGGUCAAGAGAAAUCUGCUGUCGUCUUCUGCUGGAACCGACCUUCGAAUCUCUUCACCCAACACUUUCACUCGAAAUGGAAGUAAGCUCAACAAUCUUGUAGCGGCCGGAUCUCGAUAG